AUGCUCCAGAAGCUCAUCCACAAAGCUUCUACGGACGGUGAGAUCUGCCAUCCCCUUGCGCCUGGGCUACCCUGUCCUGUCCUCCAAUACGCCGACGACACCCUUAUCUUCCUCAAGGGUGACAUUGCCGUGGUUCUAAAUCUCCGUCAAAUUCUCAACGCCUUCUCCCUAGCCACUGGCCUCCACAUUAAUUUCCACAAAUCCACUUUCAUUCCGAUGAACUUAAAGGCUGCUGCUGCAAGUGAGAUGGCCAAUAUCCUUGGCUGUGACAUCUCCUCCUUCCCACAACCUUACCUUGGGCUCCAUCUCUCCCCUCACAAACUUAAGGUUAGUGACUACCAGCCCCUCAUCUCGUCUUUCGACCGGUACCUUGCUGGCUGGAAAUCCAAACUUCUGAGCUCCGGUGGCCGGGUCAUCCUUGUGAACGUUGUGCUCAGCGGUCUUCCUAUCCACUACAUGCUUGCCAUCCUCCUUCCCAAAACUAUGCGUGAAAUGAUUGAUAGCCGCCGGCGUGCUUUCCUUUGGUCCGGUGGGGAGAAGUGCCAUGGCUCGCAAUGCCUUAACGCAUGGGAUCGCGUCUGCCUGGCCAAAAACACCGGUGGGCUUGGCGUCAGGAUCCUUGAGGACCAAAAUCACUGCCUACUCAUGAAGCUCGUUCAUAAGCUGCUUGGACCCGACACUCUCCCCUGGAAAACCUGGUUUCAGCUCCACUCCCCUCGUGACCUUUGGGCGGGUGACCCGGAUUCCUUCCUGGGCCAUAUUGUUCAAGAAGAGCUGCCCGGGUUUCGCCGUAUCACGUCUGUCCUCCUUGGUGACGGCCACAGCACUUCCUUUUGGCUUGAUCAGUGGAUCGGUGACCACAGCCUUGCUGUGUGUUUCCCUGCUCUUUUCUCCCACUGCAGCAGAACUCUUGCCAAUGUUCACGACACUCUGACUGCCGGCCUCUCCAGCUUCCUUCAGCCCAGACUAUCGCAGCAGGCAACGAAUGAACUCCAUAUCCUCCUGGACACCGUUGCUACCACCCAACUUCUUCACUCCCCGGACCAGAGACGGCUGCUCUGCUCUGGCUUGCCCCCCUUCACAAGCCGUGGAGCAUAUCAGCUCCUCCAUGCUGACGAUGUUGACCUGGAAGGGCCCAAACUCAUCUGGUCCUGCAGACUCCCAGGGAAGAUCAAAUUCUUUGGUUGGCUUCUUCAUUUUGACAGGUUGAACUAUAGGGCAAAUCUCUGCUAA